GCAAGGGGUGGGAAGCAUUGAUUUGCACCCUGCUCCCCUCGAGGAGCGGGGUGCAGCAGGAGUGCAGAGCAUUGAUGUGCGCUCUGCUCCCCCUGAGUGCCGGGGUACAGCAAGGGGUGGGGAGCAUUGAUUUGCUUCCUGCUCUCCCCGAGGGGCCGGAAUGCAGCAGGAGUGAGGAGCAGUGAUUUGAGCCCGCUUCCCCCAGAGGCUCCGGUCUGGCGUUCUCCUUCCUGGUACUUUAAAAGAAGCUUGUCAGCUGGAGAGGAGGGGAAACACGUUCAGGAGCUCCUCCAUCGCUGGCUCCACGGCGGUUUUUUUGUCCGUUCAGAGGAAGAGCGGCGGUAACACCACUCCCCCCACCUCUCCGCCGCGCCGAUUGUUUCCCCGACCCCCCCUGUCGCCAUCGAAACCCCUCAAAGGGCUGUUCCCGGGCGGGUAACGCAGCGAUGCCACCGGCUGGAGAGGGACAACAGGCAGCACAUGGGCUGGGAAGGAGAGGAGAGGAAAGCCGCAUCUCCGCCUCCAAGGAGUUCCUACCGCAAAGAAGGGAAAAGAAGGAAGAAGGUUUUAUUGCGUUUACGACACGAAUGGAUCCUGCCGUCUCAGUGGAACGGCGGGUGUGUGCACCGAGGGGGAGGGAUGCUGCAUUACCGGCAAGGGCAGUGUCAGAGGGACGGGUUUCCCCGGUGAGUGGGGCCAGCCAGUGCGCGGGGAGACCCCCUUCCCCCGAGGAGCCCCCUCCCUUUGCACCCCGUCUGUAUUUCCCGGGCUCGCAAGGCUCUGUCAGCCUCUGGGGCUCUUCUGCGGCUCCGCAGCCACCGCGAUGGUUUUUAUCCCGGGGGUGAAACCCCUUCGCCCGAUGGUUUGCUGGGGGAACGGCAGGACAGGAGUAGAAGUGGGCGAGAAACCCCACGGGUGAAGGGGGGCUUGCAGGAGGGAGCAUCGCCAGGACCGGGAGGUGCUGGGGGACGCCCCAGAGCUUUUACCUCUUCCCCUGCCAGGUUAAAUUCCCACCACGGUGAUGGGAGCAGCACUGAUGGGCUAUUUCUCUCUGCAGGAGGAAGGGAUCCUCCUCUUCCCUCCCCCGGAGAAAUGAUGCUCCACGGAACAGGGUCUCCCCUGGGGUCUAACGUAGGUCCUAGCCGCGGGGGCUGGAGAAGCAGCCGACACCUCCAAUUGCAUCGGGAUCCCUCGGGGCCUCGGAUUAAAGCUGUUACAUCAGUAAAUUAGAAAAAAAUAAAAAUCCGACAACAGAAAACACAGCCCCAAACCUGGACGUUUAUACAGAAAAAGAGCAUCACAAAUUCCUAAUAGCUAUGAAGCGGGGACAGAGGCAGAACGAGCUCCUUCAGGCAGGACUGGGAUCUGAGCUCGCACAAAUAGCUCCCCGGUGGACUCGUCCCAGGUUCCUGCCCUACCCCGUCCCUUCGCCCUGCUCCACGGGGGAAGACCCGGGGCUGGGAACCCGUCGGCGAUGAGCCACCUCUACGGCAGCCCCCUCCCUGCCAUGGGCACCCCCCCCGUGCUGUACCUCCCGGCUGCCCUGGGUUUUGCCCCCAGCGGUGCCAUCUCCAGGCAGGACCCCCCGCAGAAGCCCCCCUACAGCUACAUCGCCCUCAUCGCUAUGGCCAUCAAAGAGGCUCCGGAGCAGAAGGUGACUCUCAGCGGUAUCUACCAGUUCAUCAUGGACCGCUUCCCUUUCUACCACGACAACAAGCAGGGCUGGCAGAACAGCAUCCGGCACAACCUCUCCCUCAACGACUGCUUCGUCAAGGUGCCGCGGGAGAAGGGCCGGCCCGGCAAGGGCAGCUACUGGACGCUGGACCCACGGUGCCUCGACAUGUUCGAGAACGGCAACUACCGUCGGAGGAAGAGGAAGCCCAAAGCCCCGGGGCCGGUGGAACCGAAGGGCAGCGGGCACCCGGGGACGCCCGCCCCCAGCGACGAGCCCAAGAGGGCCAAGGGCAGCGCGGCGGCUGCCUCGGGCGACGAGGGGGUGCUGGGGCCGGGCGGGGGGGAAGCGGCUCCCCCAUCGGGUCCCCCCCGCUGCGGCGGUGCCCCGGCUCCCCCUCCCGCCCCCCGGCCGCCCGCCGCCGCCAGCGCCCCACCGCCCAAGAGCGGCCCGCGGGGCCGCAGCUUCAGCAUCGAGAGCAUCCUGGCCCGGGGGCUGAGGCAGCCGCCCCAUGGGGCAGCCCCUCGGGUGGCCCGGGAGAGCCCCGUCGGUGGCCCCGUCGGUUCCGUGGUCGCCAGCGGCGGCUGCGGCCCGGCCUGUAGCGCUUCGCUCACGCUCGACUCCCAGGUGCACGGGAGGCUUUAUCACAUCGGCAUCCCCUUCCUCUCCUGCUUCCCGCUCCACCUCUCCGAGGCGGUGUUCAAUUUGCAGUAGCUGCCCCCCUAAUUAACCAACAUCCCCCUCCCUCCCCCCAUGGCUGCUCUGGGGGGUGAUGGAAGGGAGAGACUGGACUUAGCCCUCGCCAGGCGGGUAAAGACCAAAAGCACCCCCCAAAAAAACGAUGUUAAAGGUAACUCAGGAUUUCAGGGCAUUUUCAAGACACGAAUUGCUGUGGAGCUCUCUUUAGCGAUUGCCUCCCACCCCCCACUGCCAGAUCGACUUUUAAAGGUAAACCAGUUUUCUUUUCCCGUGGUGGUGGAGGAGCAGAGGAGACAGCGAGGGGGCCCACGCUGGCCCCCAGCCCCGCCGGGUUGGUUCUGCACCUUUUAGGCUUUGCAUCCCUCAGGUUUCUCAGACCUUGCUUCUGCCGAGCCCUUUGGGUCUCCAGUUUUCUAAUUCUUCUUUUUAUUUUAUUAUUUUUUAAUUUCAAAACCCAAACCCACCCCUUCCAUCCCUGGGGGAGAAGGCUGAGUUGUGUUUUGCUAUUAAUACCCACGGGUGCCUGCAUAUAGUAAUUCUUGGUACUGCUCGAUUGGCCCAGUCCUCUGAGUGGGUAACAGGCAGGCAAUCAGGCCUGAAACAGGGGCAGACCAAACAACUCAGGCUCAUUCUGCACAAUUCUGCUCGCUUUGACUCAGCACUGUAUAUAUGGCAUUAACACAAGUUGGUUUCCUGCCUGGCGCUUGUGCUUCUCGAGUAUCGUGACAGCGUUUCUGUCUCACUAAUGUGGCCAGAGAGAGGAAGACGGACGAGUGAACAUGUUGUGAACGUGGGGAUGUGGCCAGUUUCCACAUCUUGCUGGGAUCAGUUGCUUCUGACCAAAAAAGACUGAAGCAGGGUUAUGGAGGCUGGUCUUGAUGUUUUGAAGUAGCUGUGUUAACAACGCGGACAAAAGACAUCAGACAAAAGCUAAAAGUUUUCUUUUUUCUUAGAGAAGGAAGAAUCCAGACACAAUACAAGCCAUCAAGAAUAUCUUAUUUUUAUUUUUUUUUUUAAUUUUUGCAAUAAAUAGAGGCUUUUUGUAUAUUAGUGGACAAAUGCCCUUUUGGAAAAGAAAAGGAUCUAUGUUCUCAAUUUUCAUUAUGAAACCAAACAUAUAUCCAAUAAAAGUAUUUUGUUCAGGA